AACAACCCAAUGCUUUUAAUAGGUCAUUUGCAGAAUCAAAAUGGUUGAAGCGGAUCGUCCUGGGAAACUGUUCAUUGGGGGCCUGAACACAGAGACUAAUGAAAAAGCCCUUGAGGCUGUAUUCGGCAAAUAUGGACGCAUUGUGGAAGUCCUUUUGAUGAAAGAUCGUGAAACCAACAAGUCCAGAGGAUUUGCAUUUGUCACAUUUGAGAGUCCAGCAGAUGCAAAAGAUGCUGCCAGAGAUAUGAAUGGAAAGUCAUUAGAUGGGAAAGCAAUUAAAGUGGAACAAGCAACCAAGCCAUCCUUUGAAAGUGGUGGUAGGCGUGGGCCGCCACCCCCUCCACGAAGCAGAGGUCCUCCCAGGGGCCUUAGAGGUGGAAGAGGCGGAAGUGGCGCGAGAGGACCACCUUCAAGAGGGAGUCACUUGGGGUCUUCUCGAGGACCACUUCCUAUGAAGAGAGGUCCACCUCCACGAAGUGGAGGCCCUCCACCUAAAAGAUCUGCGCCUUCAGGACCAGUGCGUAGCAGUAGUAUGGGAGGAAGAGCUCCUGUGUCACGUGGAAGAGACAGUUACGGUGGUCCUCCACGCAGAGAACCAAUGCCAUCACGAAGAGAUGUCUACAUGUCUCCAAGAGAUGACGGUUAUAGCACUAAAGACGGUUACUCAAGCAGAGAUUAUCCCAGUUCCAGGGAUACACGGGACUACGCGCCACCUCCACGAGACUACGCGUAUCGUGAUUAUGGUCAUUCCAGUUCACGUGAUGAAUACCCAUCCAGGGGAUAUAGCGAUCGUGAUGGAUACGGUGGUGGACGCGACAGAGACUACUCGGAUCAUCCAAGUGGAGGCUCCUACAGAGAUUCAUAUGAGAGUUAUGGUAACUCACGUAGUGCUCCACCUGCACGAGGGCCCCCGCCAUCUUAUGGUGGAAGCAGUCGAUAUGAUGAUUACGGCAGCACACGAGAUGGAUAUGGAAGCCGAGAAAGUUACUCAAGCAGCAGAAGUGAUGUCUACUCAAGUGGCCGUGAUCGUGUUGGAAGACAAGACAGGGGUCUUCCCCCAUCCAUGGAAAGGGGCUAUCCACCUCCUCGUGAUUCUUACAGUAGUUCAAGCCGCGGAGCACCCAGAGGUGGUGGCCGUGGUGGAAGCAGAUCCGAUAGAGGUGGAGGCAGAAGCAGAUACUAAAAACACUCUUAAACUUUUGGACCAAGACAGAUUACUUCUCAAAAAAAAAAAAAAGUGGAAGUUGUUCUAUCUUUACUACCAGAGGACUACUAAAAGGAAAAGUUGUUUUUACCUUUUUUUAUUGUUGCCUGUUAAGUUUUCCCCUCCAUGACUUUUAUGCUUUUGUGAGGAAAAGUUAAACCAAUGUUUAAUUUCAUUUCAAAAUUGUUAACAUUUCUUUCGAAAAGCAGAUGUUAAAUGUAUAAAACUUGAGCUGUGUACUAGUGUUGUAAUUUUCAAAGUAAAGUUUCCCUGAAAUGCCACAGUUCCCAUCUGAUUUUCCUCAUGAAUGGAACAAGCAGUUCUUAAAGAUCUUCCACACAACAUCCAACCAUCUAACAUGGAGAUGGAUUGUUCUACAUGUUCAGCAUCUCAUUCUUAAACAAAGUAUUGCUUGUGAUUUGGAGGGUGGUGGGGAUGUUCCACACAAAGUUCAGUUUUGCCUAGCAUUUGAAGUCACAGUGUUCUCAGUACAAAAUGCCUUCAGAUCCUUGUGUAAAGAAAAAUAGAGGAUUUCAUUCACUUAACCCGAAAAAAGCAAGUGGAUAAUACUAUUUUCUGCCUUCCUACUGUUUCAUGGGGAGUUUGAAAAGAUCUCCCAUCCAAAUAAAUCAUGUACAUGUAAGUCAGCUACAGAAUACUGUAAAAAUAAAAAAAAUUGACCAAUUCCAUCAAAGAAGCUGCAAAACGAUGCUUACUCAUACUGUUUCAAAUUUUUGCAACUCUGUAGUGUUUCACUUUUAAAGGAACAUCUUUGAUUCCAAAGGAGAAAAUAAGAUAAGCAAAGAAGUCUUUCUCUCCAACUUCUCAAAGGCUUAUGGCUUCAUAAAAACAAGUGAAUCUUUCAGCAUUCCACAGCUGAUUUAAAGCAUCAAAUGCCUGUGAAACAGCAAAGAUGGGUGAUAACUUCUAGAAGAGAACUGCUGAAGUAAUGCUGGUUCGUCUGUGUUGAUGGCAGAGAUGAGUAGUGCCUGUACCAAUACAUAAGUUAUGGUGACUAGAAGGCGGCAGUGCAGCAGUGGAUAUGCAUUGGAAAAUCAAAGGAUAACAAAGUGCAACUGAUAAAGCUUGGCUUUGGAGUGUGGUGUUACCCAGUAUUUGUUUUAGAGGAUUGUGUUACCAUUCAUGAAUUGCCUUUGAAAGUAGCACUACGAAUCUCUUGGAUAUGAAAAAAAUUCUCAGGUGGAAGUCAGUUGCUGUCUGCCGCAGCUAACAUCUUCCAAGAGUCAAGAGUGAGCCUUUCUUUUUAGUCAGUGUACACGCAUCGGUAGAUUCUGCAGCAGAAAAAUACUCCAGGGUUACCUUUUACAUAGGGUACUUCCUGUUUAGGCUGAAAAAAAGAGCAAGUUAAAGUGAGUUUUAAUCCUCUAAAAUACGGAGAACUAAAUUGUUACAAAUUCUUGUUCACUAAAAAACAAUUAAAAGUUUUACUGUGUUCUUACAUUAAUGGUUUUGUAAUUGUCCAGGCCUUCUGGAUGAGAGGAAAGAAGUGUUGAGGUACUGAGGCGAUAUUAGUGACAAAUGCCCAGAAUAAUUAGUGGUGUUGUAUGUACUGACAUCUUGCAAAACUCCAGGCAGCACUGCAUCUGUUCCAACAAGAUGCUUUCUUCAAAACUUUGCCUUGGUUUUGAUGGAUUUUUAUUUUACAUAUAUGUUGAUGUGCCAGUGUACGAGAGAGGAAUCUUCAGGCACCAGUAUUUCAUGUAGAAAACUAACUUCAGAUUGGCUGAAUUACUUAAACAGUCACGGCUAAUCAAGUUCACGUUGACUUUUUCCGUGGUAGACAUAAACUGAUCUCAUUUAAACAACUAACACCCACUUUAUAAUGAGUA